GCAAUAUAUUUUUAGCUGUUGUCAUCAUAAACAUUGCACCACACACUAUCAAUAGAUCGAAUUGUGUUUAUAAAAACCUAGCUGCAUGGCCACAGAAGAGAGACGUGACAACACUAACAGAACUCAGGUUCAGUACUUCACAGCAGCUAUAGAGUUCACUUUGAGAAUAUGGCGUCUGCUGAGACUUCCACCACAACCACAGCCACAGAGUCGUUCUGUAAAUCCAGCUCCAGGGUGAACUCCACGACAGAGGAGAUCACAGCCAUCAAGCUGACACACCCUGGAAGAUGUCGCAUCGUCUCCAAUGCGGAUCAUAGCCACAGUGUCACCAUUCAGCCAGAAAACAUGGAUGCCACCAUAAAGUUCCACAUUCCAGAAAGUUACCCAGCAGUGACUCCCACAAUUUCCAUCCGCUCCUCCAGCCUGAGUGAGGACAAUCAGCUGGACCUGACUCAGCUGCUGAAGACGGAGUCACAGGAGAUGGUGAACACCUUCAUGAUCUCAGAGCUGGUCAGCAUCGCUAAACAGUGGCUGCACGGCAGUGGCAUGAGAGCUGGGAAGGUGACACGGCAGACAGAUGACAUCAUCGAAACACCCAGCCACAAACCUGGGAAGAAUCGAAAGAAGAAGAAGAAGAAGCAAGUAAAAGAUGAUGAUAUAGAAGAGAAGAAACCUUCAAUGAAGACGGCCGAGGAUGUCAUUAAGAGAAUUCUGUGGGAUGAUCACCUACAGAGAGAUGAUUUCAUGGUUGGCUAUCUUGAUCGGUUCCGUGGAAUCGUGGAGAAGUAUUUCUCAGCCUUCUCCUGGGAAGACAUUGCAACAGUGGACAACAAUGUCCUGGCUAUUCCUAAACACCGGAUUCAGUACUUCAAGUACAAAGAUGUAACAAUCUGGGACAAGGGUGAGCGGCUGGACAAUGUGUUUGGUUCUACAGGCAGUAAGAUAACAAUCACAGAUGUGAUUGCCAAAUAUGACACAGACAUGCAUGAGAAAGAGAUGGAACGAGGACAUCAGGACAGUGCUCGUGAUAUAGAGAGUGACAGUGAUGAGGAUGAUGAUGAAGAGGACAGUGACAGUGAUGAUGGAAUCACAGUGACAGUUGGAUCAAAUGCAAUGAGACCUGAGACCCAUGACUUUGAUGAUGAUGAGGAAGACGAGGAGGGUGACCUCAUGCAUGUGGAAUACAACCCGUACUGGAAAGAUAAACUCCGUCCCAACUACUUCUUGGCUAUGAGGAUCCAGGAUGAACAGAUAGUGAAGGCUAUAGAAGAGGUCCAAGACUUCAUACUAGACCAUGAACCUCUGUACAAUGCAUGCAUCGUACCACCAAGAGCUCUGCACGUAACACUUUGCACUGUGGGACUGGACACACCAGAGCAGGUGGCUAAUGCUGUCUCCACACUGCAAGACAUGAAGGCAGAACUGGCCAACUUACUGCCUCAAGAACCUCUAACAUUCCAAGGAGUGUCACACUUCUAUCACCGAGUGAUAUAUUCCAAGAUUGAUGUUCCCAAACAGUUCAUGGAUUUUGUUGAGCACUUAAAGAUGUGUUUGAGACAAGCUGGGGUGGAUAUUAGGGAUGGUUUCGAGUUUGUUCCACAUAUGACUCUGAUGAAAACCACACGGACAGUGUCACGUCAGAAGGGUAGUAAAUAUGUUGAUCCGUGGCUCUAUCAAGGGUACACAGACAUGUAUUUUGGAACACAGAAAGUUCAGUCCAUAGAUCUGUGUUCUAUGAGUGCAGACAGAGAUGAAGAUGGUUUUUACAUGACUGCUGAUCAUCUAGAUUUUAAUGAUUUAGCAUAUUAAAAAAACAAAUUGUAUGUUAACGGGACUCGAAGGUAUUGCUCAGAUGGAAGAACAUAUUUUUUUAUAUAUGUGUCAAACAUCUAGACUUUAAUGAUAUACAUAUAUCACAUAUUAAAACCACAAAACAAAUAUUGACACCAGGGCCGGAUUUAGACCUUGGGGGGCCCGGGGCACUUCAGGUUUGGGGGCCUCUCAACAUAGAAAUUAAAUUGCAUGACAAAUAAAAAAAAUGAACUAAUUUUAUAAUUAUUAAAAAAUUGUUAUAAAGGAAGUCCUUAGUCUGGGGGGCCCCUCUGGCAGGGGGGCCCGUGGCAAUUGCCCCUUUUGCCCCCUUAUAAACCCGGCACUGAUUGACACUGACAGGGUUUGUGGUUCACUUCAGAACCAUGUACUGUAAUCCUCAAGUAACCUUGAUGUUUUAUAACCAGGUAACAUAGAUGUAGAUCAAAAUUAAUUUGAAAACUUAUUCAUGAUGUACCUCCAUAACUUAAAUUCUACGCCAUGCAACAUACUGCACACCUACUUUGAGACACAUUGAUUUAACUAUGAAAUGUUUUGUUUAUUUGUUAUGCAAAUAAAUGACAAAUCUAAAAUAAAUUACAUAUACAUGUUAAGAGGUGCAAUUCCUUGCCAUUUAGUUUGAGGAUUGAGGAAUCUGCAAGUUUUGUGUUUUGUUUUUGUUUGCAAGACAUGAUUUGACAGUGUAACAUAAGAACAUGAUUACCAUCUAUCUUCUUUCUCUAAAACUGCUGACAUGUAAACCCCACUUAUUUAUUUGCUUGAAAAUACUAAACUACUGUUUGUCAAGUGUAAAAAAUGACAUGACUAACACACCUUAUUUACACUCCUGUAAAACAGAAUAAUGUGCUAAGAAGGCAGCUAUUUGAAAACAUUAUUUGAAUGAAAUAAAUUAUUUUUAAAAUUA